UUCUAUUCACUGACCUCCGUUUUUAUUCUCUUAUUAUAAAUAUAGUGUCUACUCAAGCAACACUCAAGAUAUUGUCAAAAGGGAUUUGGAACUUUUAUUCAAACCUGCGGAGUCAAACAAAUCAGGAGAACUUGUAUCAAGUGCUACGGUGAACGUUCAAGGUGAUACGGUGACACAAACUCCUCCCGAAACAAGCAAUCCUCCCUCACAAAAACCUAUAUCAACUGAAGAAGAAAUCUCUCAACACCCAAAAAACACUUCUCAAUCUACUGAUAUGCUUCUAUCUCCAACACCACCUAUCUCUGUUUCUUCUGACGUUGAUACUAACCAACAACAGCAAUCAUUGCCAACAACAGUCGAUAACUUAGCAAUCACUACCGCUAUUUCUACUACCGUGGCCAUCGCUACUUUCAAUGCAGCUCCUCAUUGUGAUACACAAACAGUUGUCUCAUCCUCUCCAGCAAAAAACCCUCCCACUACGACAAUUUUACCUUCGAAAGAGUCCGUCGAUGAAUCAACAAUUGCUAUUGAACAACCAUCAGUUACAUCACCAUCAACAUCGGCUACCUCAGGAUCAUCAACAUCAUCAUCACCUAAAACUACAGAAGAACAACAAGAACCAGACUCAACUAUAACAGACGAUCCUAAGCAGAACUUGCAGUCAUUAAACAAUCCAUCGCUCGAACAGCCUACGACAUCAUCCGAGCAGUCUACGGCAAUUCCGGAAUCAGUAGAAUCCAUCAAUGAAGAGAUACCGAAUCCUCCUGUCACUACUGAACCAAUUACGACGACAAAAGAGGAAGCUGAAGUGACCACCAACAAAGUGAAAUCAAAACCUGACAACAGCGAUGAACAAACUGAAGACGUAUGUAAUGUGGCGCCAAAGAAGAAAUCCCCAACAAAAAAGGAUAUUGGUUCCGAAAAGGCAUCCCGUGAUACUGUCAACAACACCAACAACGAAAACAACAACAAUAAUAAUAACAACAAAAAACAAUCAAGUGAAGUAUCUGGAAGUAGGCCAACAACUCGAAAGGUACCUGAUGCCAAAUCCAACAAAAAUACACCACCCUCGCCACCAGUAAAAUCUAAACUUCGUGCAACAGGACUGACUAGACCAACAAGCACUACUGGAAAACCAGCCGACAAACAGCAACAACAACAACAACAACAACAACAAUCUGAUACUGGAAAGGACAAGAGAUCAUCAAUGGACGAAACAAAGAAGAAAGUUCCAAGGGUUCCACGUGUAGCUCUCCUUGCCAAUCAAAGCAACAAGAAUGUAUUACCAAAUAGUGAAGAAAAACAAGAAAAACAACAGCCAAUUGUGAAACCCAAGAUCAAAGCUUCACACGAUGCUAUCGCUCGAUUGACUGCACCUACAGCCUCUAGUGCUCGACGACAACAAACCUCAUCAACAUCUUCACCGUCAGCACCUUCGGUUAAUACUACGACAGCAAAAGGAACAAGUGUGACAGCUACAUUCAAGUUGGAACAAAGGAGAAAACAGCCGGAAUCAGUAACAGCUAGUAAAAAGGAAUCCACCUCGACUCUUCGACAACAGCCCCGUCCCGUGAAAAACACCGCUAUUAAGUCAAAGAAGAUUGGACCUGAUACCAACACGACGACUGACAAAAAGAAUAAUUCUGUUCAAGGAGCGACAAAAAAGGUCUUGGCUUCCAGAAAAGCAGCACCCACCACAGCAAGUAAUGUUGAUAUCGUGACUACGACUGAUUCUACAACAUCAAUCGACAUUACAUCGACAGAAAAGACAAAAGAGAAAAAGGAUACUUCCGACCUGCAAGCUGUACAAGAAGAACAACAAACAAGUGGGAAUGAUAGUGAUCAUAGCAAAAAUGAAUUGGCGUCUCAAUCACCUGCAGAUUCAAGCACUACCUCAUCUCGACCACAAACACCUGUCCAGCAACGACAACAACCAGAUCGCACAUCACCUACCACCAAUGCAACCACCACUACGGGAGCAGUCACUUUGGAUACUGCCAGUGCCACACCUAUCAAGACCAUUCAUCAGCAACAACAAAAACAACCUGUUACCACAAGUAAAGUCAAGGAUCUCCUUAGUCGGUUCACAUCCUAAGUUACUCUCUCUCUUUCUCUCUCAUAUUUCCUUUUUU